GGAGUAAAACUGUGGAGCGAGUCGUUUUUAGGUAAUGCCCUAUCUUUAUAUGCCUUCUGAUUCUCUGGUCCCUUCUGCACAACCCCGUUCUCCCUCUCUCUAUCUCCCUGCAUAACGCACAGACCUUCAAAUCCCUAGCUCUACUGCAGCAGCACUCCUUCCCCUUGCCCUUGUGAUUCUCUUUUUUUUUUUUUUUUUUUUUUUUUCCAAGAAAAGAAAACCGUUUAGCUUUCUUGCUUCCUACAUUUCUUGACUGUCCCGGGGUUGAAUGCAAGCUGGGUUUGAUCGAAGAUCUCCGUUUGAUUACUGCUGGAUCACUGAAGUCAACGAGAAAUUGUCAGAAUUAAAUGGAAGAAGGGAAAUGAGUCUUCGUCUCUGGUGUGAAGAUAUGUAUACAUUGGAUCAAUGUGGGUUACCAUCAUAAGUGGUGUUAAGAUGAGGAGCUCAUUGAUGCUGUUGAAUUCAGCAAUGAAGAUGAAAAGAAGAUGAUGUUAAAGACUUCUCCUGGUCCUGCCAGCUAAAUAAAAAAUUCAAGGAAGUUCUGAUGAAAUAAAAGAAAGCAAUGAGGAAGAAAUUGGGAAAAAGCAUCAGAUUUGGAUGAAAUUGUUGUUGAAGAACCUGCAUUAGUUGAAUUGAACUUCAGCAAUUUUGAUGAGUUGAUGGUUAAAAGUAAGGAACUUUGGAUUGUAGAGUUCUUUGCACCUUGAUGUGGAUUUUAUAAAAAAUUAGCUCUUAAGUGGCAGAAAGCUGCAAAUAAUUUGAGGUGAAGGUGAAGUUAAGCCACGUUGACUAUGAUGCUGACAAGUCUCUAAUGAGCAGGCUGAAUGUGCAAGAAUUUCCCAUAAUCUUGGUGUGUGGUGUUGAUAAAAACAAUCCAAUACCUUAUGAAGAUGUCAAUCCUGCACAGCAAGAAGCAACGUUACAACUGCCUUGACUUGGAGACAAGAAUUUACAGCUAGGCAUUUGACCCAGAUUGGAUGGACCAGUAUGAGAAAGUUGAAAAGAUUGGUGAAGGAACAUAUGGAGUAGUAUACAAGGCUCGCAAUCGUGUAACCAAUGAGACUAUAGCUCUGAAGAAAAUACGCUUGGAGCAGGAAGAUGAAGGUGUUCCAAGCACCGCGAUUAGAGAAAUUUCUCUCUUGAAAGAGAUGCAGCAUGGGAACAUUGUGAGGUUGCAGGAUGUUGUGCACUGUGAGAAGCGACUAUAUUUGGUUUUUGAGUAUCUGGACUUGGAUUUGAAGAAGCACAUGGAUUCUUGUCCUGAAUUUGCUAAGAAUCCUCAUCUGAUAAAACAAUUCCUUUAUCAAAUUCUUCGUGGCAUUGCCUACUGCCAUUCUCAUAGAGUUCUUCAUCGAGAUUUGAAACCCCAAAAUCUGCUUAUAGACCGCCGGACCAAUGUGCUAAAGCUUGCAGAUUUUGGAUUGGCCAGAGCAUUUGGUAUUCCUGUUAGGACAUUUACACAUGAGGUGGUAACUCUGUGGUAUAGAGCACCAGAAAUUCUGCUUGGAGCUCGACAUUACUCAACCCCUGUUGAUGUGUGGUCGGUUGGAUGUAUAUUUUCUGAGAUGGUUAACCGGCAGCCAUUAUUCCCUGGGGACUCUGAGAUUGAUGAACUAUUCAAGAUUUUCAGAGUCUUGGGAACUCCAAAUGAGGACACAUGGCCUGGGGUGACUUCUUUGCCUGACUUCAAGUCUGCCUUCCCCAAGUGGCCGUCUAAGGACUUGGCAACUAUAGUUCCGACUCUUGAACCAGCUGGGGUUGACCUUCUUAGUAAAAUGCUCUGCUUGGAUCCCAGCAAAAGGAUUACAGCCCGAAGUGCUCUUGAGCAUGAAUACUUCAAGGACAUUGAUUUCCUUCCCUAGUACCCUUUUCUCAUUAGUAAUUACACAAUAUAUACAUAUGUCGUUGUAUAGCGCUUGAUGGAUUUUGAUUGUUUUGCUCUUUCAAUUUUCUUGGCUUUGAACUGAUUAAUUUUCUUGGGAUCUUCUAGAAUCUGUCGUCUCUUGAGCUCUUUAUUAUAAACGAUAAAGACAGGGUUGGGAUUUUCGUACUUUUUCCGGUUUGCUUGUAGUGAACCUUGCCAUUUGCUUUAUUAAAAAUAUUUUCCGUCCUCUUUUUUUUUCUCA